AUGGCGACCAUCUCCGGCACCAUGGUGAGCACUUCCUUCCUCCCAAGGAAGCCGGUGACCAGCCUCCGGGCACUCCCCACCGUCAGCCAGGCUCUGUUCGGGUUGAAAUCCGGCGGCGCUCAGAGCAUCCGCGGCGGCAGGACAACCUGUAUGGCCUACAAGGUGAAGCUGAUUACACCCGACGGAGAAAUCGAAUACGACGGCCACCCAGCGGAUGAAUACAUUCUGGACCAUUUUGAGGAAAAGGGUCACGAUCUCCCCUACUCUUGCCGUGCCGGGUCUUGCUCCUCCUGCGCCGGAAAAGUUGUUUCCGGCACAGUGGACCAGUCAGAUCAGAGCUUCCUGGAUGACGACCAAAUAGCUGAGGGUUGGGUUCUCACCUGCGUUGCUUAUCCUACUUCUGAUGUUGUCAUUGAGACCCACAAGGAGGAAGAGCUCACUGCUUAG